GACAAUAACCCCAGCACUACUGGGCUGGACGACACUUUCACUCUUGACGGGGCACAAUCAACCUGACCAGACAGGAAAGAGUUGCUAUUUUGUGUUUCAUGAUCUGUUAAGUUUUCUCAUAAGCAGAAUGCAGAGAUCUGGAUUGCUCCUGCUGUCGCUGUGUGCCGGCUCUCUGGUGACCCACAGCGGCGCGUUUGGGAAUCGAAGGCUGUGCGGGAUUCAUCUCGUGGAAGCGCUGCUGCUCGUCUGUGGUGAAAAGGGCCUCUUCUACCAGCCUGGCAGGCGUAUCAGAGAGCACACUUUCCGUGAGUCUGCUUACACACGCAUUUCUGUGCGAUGCAUUCCGUCAACUUUACAGCGUCAUGAUGAGGAACAGCGCCCCCUUCCUGGGGCUCACUGGAGCGGCUGCUCAGAGUGGAGACAGAGGCACUGCCAGAAACACUGUUGCAAAGAGAGGCAUUGUGGAGCAGUGCUGUCAUUUCUACUGUGACUAUUACGACCUGGAGAAUUACUGUAACACAUAGAGAGUCUGCUGCAUGCACUUCACCUGAGUAAUAACUUGCAUUAUUUAAGUACUGCGGGUCUGGGAUAUGGUAGGCCUAUUUGGAUGAUACCAUUAAUUAUGAACAGCAGUGAAUGAAGGAUCACUUGAAAUGUUACACAGUGGGCAUGUUUAUGAUUAAAACGUUUGCAUAUAUUAAAAAGGAAAUCUGACUGUUUUUGUUUGUGUUGCACUAUACAAAGUGUAGGAUGUUAGGAUGUUUAUUGUAGGCAUAUUUAAUUAUUAUUAUAUUCCUGUAGCUCAAACAGUGAAAG